ACCCAACAGUAUUUUUCAUUUUGCAGUAUUCUUGACAUGGCUCUUUCCAGUAUCCUGACAGAAGCUGAAAUUGCUGCUGGUCUACAGAGCUGUCAAGCUGCUGAUUCAUUUGAUUACAAAACCUUUUUUGUCAAAGUGGGUCUCAACUCCAAGUCCAAAGACCAAGUUGCCAAAGUCUUUGGAAUUCUUGACCAGGACAGGAGUGGCUUCAUUGAGGAAGAGGAACUGAAACUUUUCCUGAAGAAUUUCUCAGCCAGUGCCAGAGCUUUGACUGAUGCUGAGACCAAGGCAUUCCUGGCAGCAGGAGACAGUGAUGGAGAUGGUAAAAUUGGAGUGGAUGAGUUUCAAGCACUGGUCAAAUCAUAGUCAGCAGUCAAGAAAAAGACCAAGAUAUAUGUGCCAUAAACAAUCUUGCCUAUUGCAAAC